AUGGUAACUUUCUUCACACCCACAACCUCCACUGCUCUCCAUGACCUCACUGCUUCUCCACAAUUGAACCUCACUUGUCCUCUACUGAACCUCCAUUGCUACUAUUACUCUUCCUUGGCGUCAAGAUCACUACUAGCAACAACCACGAGAUUUACAGAUCAUCUCUACAGAACUUUGAGUCGGAAAGGGAUUCGUACCUUUAGGGAUGAUGAAGAGCUUCCAAGAGGAGAAGAGAUUGCAGCAGAACUUUUAAAAGCUAUUGAAGAGUCAAGGAUUUGCCUCAUAAUUCUGUCCGAAAACUAUGCCCGUUCUAGGUGGUGUUUGGAAGAACUGACGAAGAUCAUGGAUUGCAGGGAGCAAACGGGAAAAUUAGUUCUUCCGAUUUUCUGCCACGUGGAACCAUUGCAUGUGCGAGGACAGAUUCAGAGUUUUGGAGAAGCUUUAGCCGAUCAUGAAAGAAACGUAGGCCAUGAGGAGGGAAGGAGGAAGAUAGAGAAGUGGAGGGCAGCGUUGACCAUGGUGGCGGGUAUCACCGGAUGGUGGUUAAAGAAUCGGUAA